AUGCACGGACUUUUCCUCACUUUGGCAGCUGCUCUGGCUAUGGUCCCGACUGCAUUGGGCGCUUGCGAGAAUCACAGCAUAAGAAAAUGCUGGUCUGCUCUGGGUGAGUAUGAGCGAACCGAGUACAUCAACUCAACUCUUUGUUUGAUGAACCCUGAGAUGGCUCCUGCAAAGACCGGAACAUACGGGUCCAAAAGCCGUUGGGAUGAGCUUCUUGUUGCCCACGUGGCCCAAGUUCAAUUCAUCCAUGUCACGGGCGCCUUCUUCCCAUGGCAUCGAUGGUAUACCCGAGUCCACGAGAAUCUCCUUCGGGAUGAGUGCGGCUACACUGGCCCAUAUCCCUACUGGGACGAACAAGUCGAUCAAGGCUCAGCCCCUCUCCAGAACGCAAGUGUCUGGAGCCCCAGUGCAACCACUGGCUUUGGCACCGGCAACACAGACGAGAACGAUUGUGUCGUGGAUGGAUCAUUUGCCAACUUGAAAUUGAAUCUGACGACCGAACUUACACGCACCAGCAACAGCUGCUUGACUCGCGUCUUCAACCAGACCCAUUUUGACUCCGUUGCUCAGAAUAUCGUUGAUAGCUGCAUGGACAUCGAUGAUUAUUGGACGAUGUGGUCUUGUCUCGGAAACGGUCCCCAUACAGGAGGUCAUUUCGGUGUUGGAGGAACGAUGGAACAUGUCUCCUUUUCAGCCUUUGACCCGAUUUUCUUCCUGCAUCAUACGAACCUUGAUCGUCUGUGGACUCAGUGGCAGUCCAGGGAUGUGGCUCGCUUGACUGCCAUGGGAGGACCGCUUGUUGCGCCUGCUGCGCUUUUUGGAGAAGCUCAGCCUUCUUUCUUCGGAGUUGACGCGUUUGUUCCCUACUUUGGGGAUGAGGGGAAUACGACCACUCUCAACCAUAAUAUGUGGAUGGUGGGAAUUGUUGAGAAUAUCACGGUGGCAGAUGCUAUGAAUGUUGAGAAUGAGGGAAUAUGUAAUGAGUAUGCUUGA